AUGACCACACCUUCUGCGGCCGCAGUGCCGUCUCUGGGGCCAUUUAUGCGUUAUGUUACAGGCCACGACCCGGUCACGGCUAAAGCAAUCCACAUUCGCUCGUCGCAAGUUGCGACAGAGCCGAUGCCGGGGUCCAAGCUCAAUGACAAGAUGAAAGUCCUGUUCACUACCACGAGGGUUCCCGCCGAGGACAAUUCGGUGACCAAUGCUGAGUGGAUCGAUCCCAUGGAGGAAGGUGCUACUUCGCUCGCGAAUGGCAGUGGUACUGUUCUCCGUGUCGUCGACUUCCCUCCUAAUGAGGGUGGAAUGCAGCACCGCACCUCCUCCAUCGACUACGGAAUCGUCCUGUACGGCCAAAUCGUUCAUACUCUCGACUCUGGUGAGAGGGUCACCCUCAACGCAGGUGACAUCAUGGUCCAGCGGGGCACCAUGCAUGGCUGGGACAACGAGACCGACGACUGGGCUCGCAUGCUUUUUGUGCUUACAGCUGCCAAGCCUGCCGUGAUCAAUGGACAGACUUUGGAACAGGGUGGCUUCAAGUCCUCAGAUGUUGCUACUCCCCGUCCCAGAGGAAAAUAG